AUGCGCUCCGACUCUUUCGAUCUCACCCCUUUGGCGCCUCGCGAACGUUGCACUCCUCUAUCAGUCGCUGCUCAUACACUAUACGAGAAAACGCGUCCCGACCGUCUGCCGGGGCCCGGAGGUGUCCUUUGUCUGGACCAUGCCUCUUACGAGCAGCUGACCGAGAAGACGGUCCGUGUUCGUGGCGCUGAAUUCUGCCCGACUCCGGUUUAUCAGGUCAAGCUGGAAGGAGUCGAAAAACUCGGAUACCGGACAAUCUUUAUUGGAGGGAUUCGAGACCCGAUUUUGAUCGGUCAAAUCGAUUCUUUUCUGGCCGACGUGCGCGCGUAUACUCGGAACCUGUUCCCCCAGCUCGAUCAGUCGCCGCAGUGCCAGCUGAUCUUUCACUUCUAUGGCCGUGAUGGCGUGAUGGGACCUAUCGAGCCCGCGGCGGUCGCGGGCCAUGAAUUGGGUAUCUUGGGCGAAGUGGUGGCCCCGUCCCAGGAACUUUCCUACACCAUCGCCAACAAUGCCCGUGCCUCUAUCCUUCACAUGCCCUACAAGAACCAGGUUGCGACCACAGGAAACUUUGCUUCCCCUCUCUCGCCACAUGAAACCAAUGCUGGCCCCGUGUUUCGCUUCAAUGUCUAUCACCUGGUCGACUUGAAGCCGGGCGAAGAGACGAACCUGUUCCCCGUGGAGCUGAGGACUAUUGACAGUGCCCCGACUGCCCCAAAACCCGUGUGCCCCGGUCUGACCGACGGUGACUGGGAAAGACUCGCGGCCGAGCCAUUGGAGCCCUUAGCCUCCAAACCCAUCCCCAACCGUACCUGCCAGAUGCUGGACAUCGCCAAAAUUAUCCGUUCCAAGAACUCCGGACCGUUCGAGUUGACAUUCGACAUCAUGUUUGACACCAAAGAGGCGUAUGAACGGGUCAAAAACGCAAACGUCUUGACGAAUAGCCGGAUCAUGAGUUUGUAUCGCCUCCAAGAAGAAGACAUUAUUACCAACAUGUUCUUCGAGCCUGCUCUCGCCUGGAAAUGUACCAUUCGCCGCCCCUGGGAGCAGGGAACCGUAGGGGAGAGAGACACCCUGGGAACGCAGCAACAUGGGCCCUUGCUGACCAUCACCGUUCCUGGGGACGAGGAGGCACCCUUUGCAGACCGCUCUCAUUUUUCGGCCAGGGAUAGUGUCAACUACCUAUGGAACACUCUCGGCCUCCCAGCGGGUGUCCCAAACGACCGGCUUCAGCUGCCCGGACAAGGUCUAGGCCUUCCCUCAUCCUUCAAAGUUGCCCACCUCGCUCAGGCCUCUAUUGGGCUCUCCGCCCUACUUGCCGCCCAGAUAUACGCCCUUCGCAGCGGCUCCGCCGUCCCCGCAGUCUCAGUUCCCCUGCAACAUGCGGCUAUCGAGUUCAAAUCUGAGCGCCUGUACACCCUAGACGGCAAGCCGGCACCGUCGCCCUGGGGCCCCAUCGGAGGACUCCACAAAACAGCUGAUGGCUACGUUCGCGUGCACGACUCGUUCCCCAACCACCGGAAUGGCGCAAAAGCCCUGGUUGGAUGCCCCCCAGAUGCUGACCGGGCGCAACUCGCAUCGCGGCUUGUAAGUUGGCGUUCGGUUGAUGUGGAGGCGGCCGCCUUCGACGCAAAGCUGGUCAUCUCCGCUCUGCGCAGCUACUCGGAAUGGGACGUGCUCCCGCAAGCCCGUGCCGUCAGCGACUUUCCAAUUACCCUACGGAAGCUGUGUGAUGGACCAGUCGGGCUCCCCGCGACCAUGACCUCUACGAGGCCGGACAAGUGUCUGAGGGGCCUCCGCGUACUGGAGCUCUCGCGUGUCAUCGCUGCCCCGCUAUCUGGCAAGACGUUGGCGGCGCACGGCGCUGACGUUCUCUGGGUCACCAGCCCCAACCUCCCCGAUCUUCCGACAAUGGACCGGGACUUUGGCCGUGGGAAGCGCACCAUCCAGCUAGAUCUGACCACUGAGGCGGAUCAGGCGGAGCUCGACCGGCUGCUGGUCGACGCCCAUGUGUUCACUCAAGGCUUUCGGCCCGGCGGCCUCGCGCAGCGAGGCUACUCCCCCGCGGCCCUUGCCCAACGCUUCCAAAACCGCAACAUCAUCUGCGCCAAUAUGUCCGCCUACGGACCUGAGGGCCCUUGGGCCAACAGGCGUGGCUUUGAUUCCCUCGUCCAGACCUGUUCCGGCAUGAAUGUCUCCGAAGCGGAGCACUUCGGCGCCGGCGAGGCCGCCCGACCCACCCCCUGCCAGGCUCUUGAUCACGCUGGUGGCUACUUCCUUGCCGCCGGUAUCCAGGCGGCCUUGUACAAGCAAGCUACCGUGGGCGGCUCUUGGCAAGUCGAUGUUUCCCUGGCCGGUGUCAUGAAGUACCUGCGCUCGCUCGGCCAGUUCGACGGCCGCUCUGGCUUUGAGACCGCAGACUACCAAUGCACCAACGAUGUUCCUCCACAGUUUCUCGAGACACGCGAGACCGCAUUCGGCCCCAUGGUGGCUGUACGCCAUUCUGCGGCUAUUGAUGGUGUCGCCGUAGGCUGGGACUUCAUGCCGAAGCCGUUGGGCUCGGAUGAGAAGAUGUGGAUCUGA